GAGCGGCGCGCCGGCGGCCAUGGCGCACCGCUGCUUGCUGCUAUGGGGCCGGGGCGCCUGCCGGCCCCGCGGGAUGCCCCCGAUGCUCUUGCCUGGCGGCCGCACGGGCUCCACCGAACGGCUCUACCUGCGGACGCUUUAUCGAUAUUGCACGACUCAGGCGAAAACCAGCAGGAAUUCCCUUCUGACAGAUGUGAUUGCUGCUUAUCAGAGACUCUGUUCUCGGCCUCCAAAAGGAUUUGAAAAAUACUUUCCCAAUGGAAAAAAUGGAAAAAAAGCUAGUGAACCUAAAGAAGUUAUGGGAGAAAAAAAAGAACCCAAGCCAUCUGCUGCCCCACGUCCUUCUGGAGGAGGAGUUGGUGGCGGUGGAAAACGAGGCGGCAAGAAAGAUGACUCUCACUGGUGGUCCAGGUUCCAGAAGGGUGACAUCCCAUGGGAUGAUAAGGAAUUCAGGAUGUACUUUCUCUGGACCGCCCUGUUUUGGGGAGGAUUCCUGUUUUACUUCCUGUUCAAGAGCUCCGGGAGAGAAAUCACGUGGAAGGACUUUGCUAACAACUAUCUUUCCAAAGGAGUUGUAGACAGACUGGAAGUUGUCAACAAGCGAUUUGUUCGAGUGACUUUUACACCAGGAAAAACUCCUGUUGAUGGACAGUACGUCUGGUUCAAUAUUGGCAGUGUGGACACCUUUGAGCGGAACCUGGAGACUCUGCAGCAGGAACUAGGCAUAGAAGGAGAGAACCGGGUCCCUGUGGUCUACAUCGCCGAGAGUGACGGCUCCUUCCUCCUGAGCAUGCUGCCCACCGUGCUCAUCAUCGCCUUCUUGCUCUACACCAUCCGGAGGGGCCCAGCCGGCAUCGGCCGCACAGGCCGGGGCAUGGGCGGACUCUUCAGUGUUGGAGAGACCACCGCCAAGGUCCUCAAGGAUGAGAUUGACGUGAAGUUUAAAGACGUGGCCGGCUGUGAGGAGGCCAAGCUGGAGAUCAUGGAAUUUGUGAAUUUCCUAAAAAAUCCAAAGCAGUAUCAAGACCUGGGAGCAAAAAUCCCAAAGGGUGCCAUUCUCACUGGUCCUCCAGGCACUGGGAAGACGUUGCUGGCUAAGGCCACGGCUGGAGAAGCCAAUGUCCCUUUCAUCACCGUUAGCGGGUCUGAGUUCUUGGAGAUGUUUGUUGGUGUGGGCCCAGCUAGAGUCCGUGACUUAUUCGCCCUUGCUCGGAAGAAUGCCCCUUGCAUCCUCUUCAUCGAUGAAAUAGACGCGGUGGGAAGGAAGAGAGGCAGGGGCAACUUCGGCGGGCAGAGUGAGCAGGAGAACACGCUCAACCAGCUGCUUGUGGAGAUGGACGGAUUUAACACAACAACCAAUGUGGUCAUCUUGGCGGGCACCAACCGACCGGAUAUCCUAGACCCAGCUCUGAUGAGGCCAGGCCGCUUCGACAGGCAGAUCUUCAUUGGACCGCCGGACAUUAAAGGAAGAGCCUCUAUUUUCAAAGUUCACCUCCGACCUCUGAAGCUGGAUAGCACCCUGGAAAAGGAGAAGCUGGCAAGGAAGCUUGCAUCCUUGACCCCGGGGUUUUCAGGAGCCGAUGUUGCCAACGUAUGCAACGAAGCUGCUUUGAUCGCUGCGAGACACCUUUCAGAUUCCAUAAACCAGAAACACUUUGAACAAGCAAUUGAACGAGUGAUUGGCGGCUUAGAGAAGAAAACGCAGGUCCUACAGCCCGAGGAGAAGAAGACAGUGGCAUACCACGAGGCAGGCCACGCAGUUGCCGGUUGGUACCUGGAGCACGCAGACCCCCUUUUGAAGGUGUCCAUCAUCCCACGAGGCAAAGGGCUGGGCUACGCUCAGUACCUGCCCCGGGAGCAGUACCUCUACACCCGGGAGCAGCUCCUGGACCGCAUGUGCAUGACCCUGGGCGGCCGCGUGUCCGAGGAGAUCUUCUUUGGCAGGAUCACUACCGGCGCCCAGGACGACUUGCGCAAAGUGACCCAGAGUGCCUACGCCCAGAUUGUUCAGUUUGGCAUGAACGAGAAGGUCGGGCAGAUCUCCUUUGACCUCCCACGUCAGGGGGACAUGGUGUUGGAGAAGCCUUACAGCGAGGCCACCGCCAGACUCAUAGAUGAUGAAGUACGAAUCCUUAUCAAUGAUGCUUACAAGAGGACAGUGGCCCUCCUCACAGAGAAGAAAGCUGACGUGGAGAAGGUUGCUCUGCUGCUGUUAGAAAAAGAAGUGUUAGACAAGAACGACAUGGUGGAACUUCUGGGCCCCAGGCCAUUUGCGGAGAAGUCUACGUACGAGGAGUUUGUGGAAGGCACUGGCAGCCUGGACGAGGACACCUCACUCCCCGAGGGCCUGAAGGACUGGAACAGGGAGCGUGAGGGCUCAGAGGAGCCCACGGGCGAGAAGGUGACCAGCCCGGUCCAGGGUGCCGGCCCUGCGUAGCUCCUGGUGCUGCAUCCUUAGAGCCGCCCCAAGGGCACGGCGGGAAGGGGUAUUUCGUCCUUGGCCUUGGAGGUCAAAGGGGUGGGAGUGCGUCCCCAGCCUCCAGUCUCCUGUGCCCUCACAUGGGGGUGUGCUCACCAUCACCCGCCCUUCACUCCCACCUCCCUCAGAGUCUCCCUCUGUGAUGGGCUAUGAAAUUAAAGAGUAUUCCUACUUGAUUUAAUAUUUUAAAGACAGAACCCAAGCUACAUGCUGCUGUUCUGUGAUGGAGUGGUUUUCUAGGAGAGCUGUGUAACAUAUUUAAAAAUAUGAAUGUAUUGUGUAAAUACGGCUUCUUUAUGUCACAAAUAAAGUGUAAAUGCUGCGUUUUUCCUUCUGAA